AUGUCAUACAAAAUGUGGGAAACUUGUGAUGCUCACCAUGAGAACCAGGACAAUGGCAAGCGGUUCAGCGCAUACGCCUGCAUCAACCCACUAGACGAUACAAUCACGUGGUUUAGAUGUUCGCAAAGCAGCAUUGAAAACUUCAUGAGGCAUUUCCUCCAGCAGCUGCUUAUCAUCGUUGGUCCUUUGCUGAAAUCCCACAAUCUUCGAGUCAGUUUGUUCGAGGAGCUGCCUCAUGACGGACGUCACCAUGGGAUGAACUACAUGCUUCAGAAGGAGCGCAUUCUCAAGAAGAACGGAAAGUCAGCAGAGUUGUGUAUCAAGAUACGGCUACUUAAGGGCCCAAACAUGUGGCACAUGUAUCCGCUCGGAGAGCUUCUCGAUAUCUUCUGUCAUGAGUUGGCUCACUGUUGGCAUCGAGAGCACGGAGAUGAUUUCCUCCGAAAAUGGGUAGAACUGAGGAGUGAGCUCGAAAAGGACCUGGGAGGAAUUUUAAAGGUAUACAUGCGCAACAGGCAAUAUGCAGAUAGGAUCAAGACUCUGAUCGAGGCUGACCGAGGACUUCCACCUGGUAAGCUUCCUUUCAUCCCUGAGUAUACACGCCAGCCAAACACCACCAGUAUGGAGGCUGUAGAGCGAUGGGACAAGAAGUUUCGGUACAUGCUCCAGCAUGCCAAAACUCUUGAUGCGAAGAAAUGA